AUCGCCUUCCGAUUUCUAGGGUUUCAACUCUAAAUCUCUAGUCGAUUUUCGUCUCUGUUCGUUGGUUUACUAAUCAACUCCAGUGUCCGCCGAUUUCGCCGUCCAGUUUUCAACUAUUCCGAUCCCAAGUUAUGCAGAUAUGCCUCUGAUAAGUUCCUCAGUCUUCGAUUGGUACUCCGUCGCCUGCGAAGCCUUUUCCGAACACCACCCCCGUUUUCCGAUCGCCGUCUUUUGAAAAGAUCCACCGUUUUCGUUUUAUCAAAAGUAAAGUAAAGAAAGUCGAGAAAGAAAGAAAAGAUUGAUAGUCUGAUAAUGGAUCGGACCAAAUCCGACACGGUCGACGACGACGACAAGUUCGUGGAGCAAGAUCCGACCGGGAGGUACUUCCGGUACGGCGAGGAGCUGGGCGAGGGAGCCUUCAAGAUCGUGUACAAGGGUUUCGACGAGGUCAACGGGACGGAAGUGGCCUGGAGCAAAGUCGAGAUCAAUAACGAAGCAGAGCUUCAAAGAUUGUAUUCGGAGAUUAAUCUCAUCAGGUCUCUGAAACACGACAACAUCAUCAAGCUUUAUAGCUGGUGGGUUGUUGACGAUGACGAUGACGAUAAUGAUAAUGAUUUAACCAAGAAGAAAAAGAAGAAGAAGACUGUGAAUAUAAUCACGGAGUUGUUCACUUCCGGGAGCUUGAAGCAGUAUAGAAAGAAGCACGUUAAAGUCGAAGUCGAAGCAGUUAAGAGAUGGGCGAGGCAGGUUCUCAAAGGACUGAGCUACCUGCAUUGCCAUGACCCGCCGAUUGCGCAUAGGGACAUCAAGUGUGACAAUGUGUUUGUCAAUGGUUACAAUGCCGAAGUGAAGAUUGGGGAUUUCGGGUUUGCGGUGGCGAUGGGGCAGGGCAGCGCUAGGUAUGGAGUGGUUGGCACGCCCGAGUUUAUUGCGCCGGAGAUGUAUAUGAAGGAGGAGUAUAAUGAGUUGGUGGAUGUCUAUGCUUUUGGGAUGUGCGUGUUGGAGAUGGUGACUGGUGUGUACCCUUAUGAGGAGUGUUACAAUCAUGGUCAUGUGUAUAAGAAGGUUACAAGUGGUGUGAUGCCGGCUGUGUUGAGUAAAGUGAGGGAUCCUGAAGUGAGGAAGUUCAUUGAGAAGUGCCUGGUUCCUGCGUCGAGGAGAUUGUCUGCGGUGGAGCUCUUGAAAGAUCCAUUCCUUGCAGCUGAGGAUGCAAAGAAGCUUCCUAAGACUACUCUUGCCAUGAAAAUCGAUACCAAAUGUGACAAAGUGAGGAGGAGCUCCAAGUCGUCUGCUAGCUCACCGAUUCUGGACUGUGAGUGGUUCACAAAGAAUAACCAAUUGAAAUUAAGAGCAAAGAGGAGUCCUGAUGGUAGUGAAACCAUUGUUUUGACCUUGGUUAUUGUUAAUCCUGCUCGGGUUACGCCGCAGAAACUUGAGUUUGAUUUCUGUCCUGAUUCGGAUACUGCUGUUUCAAUUGCUGAGGAGCUGGGUGAACAGGACUUUGGUCUAGCAACUGAAGAUCUGGUGGCUGUGACUGGGAUGAUUGAUAAGUUGGUUAUGAAGCUUGUGCCCAAAUGGAAGCCUACUCUCUGGGGAGCACAUAGGCCGUCUGGCUCUUCUGACGAUUCAUCAAAGAACUCUGCUAGGUCGAGCAUGGAUGCAUGGAGGAGAUCUGGCACGUCAGCCCUAUGUUCCUUGCAGUCUAAGGCAACUCUUGUGGAGAAACAUCACCAUGAUCAGUCAAGAGCUGAGCUUGACUUGAUUGAUGCACGUGAACGUGUUGUUGAGAUUGUAAGGAUGAAGGAACAAGCGGCGGCCAGAAAGGCAAAGAAGAAGGUUGUUAGUCCAGUCUAGCACCCAAAUGCAAAAUAGCAGCAUAUAGAAAUACAUUUACUUCAUUAUUACAUUUGUUAUAUAACAGUUUGUAAACGAUUUUGGUUUUCAUCUUUUCUUGUAUACUUUAGA